AUGUUGACAAAACCAGAAAUAGCCUGUGCCAUCAUUGAAGGAAUAUCAUCCAUGAGAGAAGAUGAAGAACUCCAGGAUUUCGUUGUUGAAGUUGAAGGCAAAGAAUUUAAAUGUCAUCGCCUGAUACUCAGCGCGUGUUCUGGAUUUUUCCGUGGUCUUCUCAGGUCUGGGAUGAAUGAGUCGCAGAAACAAAGAAUAAAACUUGAAGGCGUGUCAGUAGAAACGUUCGCUGCCAUCUUAGAAACUCUCUACACCGGAAGGGACAAUCUGACACGUGAAAACAUGCUAAAUAUUUUGUUAGCUGCAGAUCGAUUUGAAAUAACAGCUGUCUUUGAUAAUUGUAUAAAUUUCAUAAGAACAAACAUUUGCAAUGAAAAGGUCGUUUCUUAUUGGAUAGUAGCUUCUCAACUUAUGCACAAAAAUGUCAUAGCACUUUGCGAAUUGUUUCUCAGAAACAAUACAUCCCUCGAAAACUGGGAAAUUAUGUAUUCCACGGCACAUAACUUGGGAUCAUCCUCGAUUUUGUUACAUAUUCGAGAUUUUAUCAAGAAAAAUUAUGAACACGUUAUGAAAUCCAAUGCUUUUCUACUUCUUCGAGAAAACGAUUUGCUUAAAAUUAUAAAAAGUCAAGAACUGUUGGUAUCUUCUGAAGAUGUUGUCAUUGAGUCUAUUCUAAAUUGGGUC